CGUGCUGAGGCCGCCGAGGGCGGCGCGGGCUUCGGAGCCGGGCGGCGCCGCGGCCAUGGGUGCCCUGACGAGCCGGCAACACGCGGGCGUGGAGGAGGUGGACAUCCCGUCCAAUUCGGUGUACCGCUACCCGCCCAAGUCUGGCAGCUAUUUUGCCAGCCACUUCAUCAUGGGAGGAGAGAAGUUUGACUCCACGCAUCCCGAAGGUUACCUGUUUGGCGAGAACAGCGAUCUGAAUUUCCUGGGGAACAGGCCGGUGGCGUUUCCUUAUGCUGCCCCACCUCCCCAAGAACCCGUGAAGACGCUGAGAAGCCUGAUCAACAUCCGAAAGGACACGCUGAGACUCGUCAAAUGUGCUGAGGAAGUGAAGAGCCCUGGAGAAGAGGCAGGCAAGGCUAAGGUCCACUACAACGUUGAAUUCACCUUUGACACGGAUGCCCGGGUAGCCAUCACCAUCUAUUAUCAGGCCACUGAGGAAUUCCAGAAUGGUAUUGCCAGCUACAUUCCAAAAGACAACAGUCUACAGUCAGAGACCGUGUACUACAAGCGAGGGGUGUGCCAGCAGUUCUGCCUGCCCUCCCACACUGUGGACCCCUCAGAGUGGGAGGAAGAGGAGCUCGGCUUUGAUCUGGAUCGAGAGAUUUACCCUUUGGUGGUGCAUGCUGUAGUGGAUGAAGGAGAUGAGUAUUUUGGCCACUGCCACGUGCUUCUGGGUACUUUUGAGAAGCACACAGACGGGACUUUCUGUGUCAAGCCCCUCAAGCAGAAGCAGGUAGUAGAUGGAGUCAGCUACCUCCUUCAGGAGAUCUAUGGAAUUGAAAACAAGUAUAACACACAAGAUUCUAAGGUGGCUGAGGAUGAAGUGAGUGAUAACAGUGCCGAGUGUGUGGUAUGUCUGUCAGAUGUCCGGGACACCUUGAUCCUGCCCUGCCGCCACCUCUGCCUCUGUAAUACCUGUGCAGACACCCUGCGCUACCAGGCCAACAACUGCCCCAUCUGCCGGCUGCCCUUCCGGGCACUGCUUCAGAUCCGAGCCAUGAGGAAAAAAUUGGGCCCUUUGUCUCCUACCAGCUUUAACCCCAUCAUUUCAUCCCAGACAUCAGACUCUGAAGAGCAUUCGUCCUCAGAGAAUAUUCCACCAGGCUACGAAGUGGUGUCUCUUCUGGAGGCCCUCAAUGGGCCCCUUACCCCAUCCCCAGCAGUCCUUCCACUCCAUGUGCUUGGAGAUGGCCACCUCUCAGGAAUGCUGCCUUCCUAUGGCAGUGAUGGCCACCUGCCCCCUGUCAGAACACUGUCCCCCCUCGACCAUCUGUCUGAUUGCAGCAACCAAGGACUCAAGCUCAAAAGGAGUCUAUCCAAAUCUGUGUCCCAAAAUUCUUCUGUGCUACAUGAAGAAGACGAUGAGCACUCCUGUAGUGAGUCAGAGACUCAGCUCUCUCAGAGACUGUCAGCUCAGCAUCCUGGAGAGGAAUGUGGCGUGACUCCAGAGAGUGAGAACCUCACCCUGUCGUCCUCAGGGGCUGUUGACCAGUCAUCGUGCACAGGGACUCCACUCUCUUCCACCAUCUCCUCCCCAGAAGACCCCGCCAGCAGCAGCCUGGCCCAGUCAGUCAUGUCCAUGGCAUCGUCCCAGAUCAGCACUGACACAGUCUCUUCCAUGUCUGGUUCCUACAUCGCCCCUGGCACUGAAGAGGAGGGAGAGGCCCUCCCUUCCCCUCGGGCUGCCAGGAGAGCCCCCUCAGAAGAGGGAGAGGGGACACCAGCAGAGUCUCCAGAUAGCAAUUUUGCUGGCCUUCCAGCUGGAGAGCAGGAUGCAGAGGGAAAUGAUGUCAUAGAGGAAGAGGACGGAUCACCCAUACAAGAAGAUGGCCAGAGGACAUGCGCAUUUCUAGGUAUGGAGUGUGACAAUAACAAUGACUUUGACAUCGCAAGUGUGAAAGCACUGGACAAUAAGCCGUGCUCUGAGGUCCGCUUACCCGGUUCCUGGCAGCCAGAAGACAACAUUGUGAGCCGUCGGAACACCCAGCACCAGUGCUUAUCAUCUGGCAGCCUAGAGGACCCUGAGGAGAACAGGCCUUGUGUAUGGGAUCCUUUGGCUGUCUGAGGGCGCCUGCCCCUGUAUCUGGGCUCCCCUCCUGACCUUGCAUCCAAUCCAUGCUCACUGGACCACAGGUCUGGGCAUCUUCAACAAGACACGGGGACUUUAUACUCACAUGAAGGCUGGACCUGGAGUACAGCCCUCUGCCAACCUCAUCUCCUAUAACCAAGAUCCUUGCCCUCUCAGAACUGGAAGCCCUCCUCUGCAUGGGCUGAUACCAUGAACUGUAGCUCGUGAGGCCCUUCUGAGACUGGACAGCACCCACCAAGCCUGAUGGUUAGCUUGGGCUGAGACCAGAGGCUGGCUCUUCAGCUUUCCUCCUUGGGACCAAGCAGAGUUUUGGCAGCGGGUGUCUUGACAGUUUGCAGCUUCUGGCACCUCGUAACCAAUUUUAAAUCUACAACCUGGGGUGGUUGGGAGAUUGGCUCCCAUGAGAAAGAAAGGCCACCCUGAACUCUGGACGCUCGAAGCACCAGGAGCUCCUUUCUCAAGGACAAGGGAGAUGGUAGCGACCAAAGGGUUGGUUGAAAGCCAGUUUUCUGGUAACAGAACUGGUCUUUUGCGCCUCAUGUGCCUGUCUGCUGUGGACAGGGCCCUAAGUCUGAGGUCCCCGUUAGGGUGACAACCCUUCCAAGACCUUGUCCUCCUCAGGUGCAGUCAGGAAGGCUCACGCCUCCACCCAGCAGUGAUAUUGCAAGAAAUGCAUUGCUGGGCCACUUCCAUGAGCAGUGCUAGGCUCACCACUGCUACCAUGUUUCAUCUUCACUAAAACCACUGAGAUGGAGUCUCAAAGCCAACUACCCUUUCUCUACUCUUCCCCCCUGCCCCCCC